AUGAAGUCGCUUCACCAAUUCGCUCGCCGACAGGCAUUGACCGGGCUCGCAAUGCCCCGCGUCCUCUCCUCCCAGAACAUUGCGGCCAGCCGAACAUGGCAGAGGGCAUUCAGCGCCUCCGCAGCGGCAGCCACCCAGCUCCCAGGUCUCGAUCCUUCGAAGUUGACCAUCACAAAGACCACCACCCCCAAGGAGCUCGUGGACUCCAAGGAUCUUGUCUUUGGAAAGUACUUCACAGAUCACAUGCUCUCCAUCGAGUGGACGGCUACCGACGGAUGGCACGCACCUCGCAUUAUUCCGUACCAGAACCUUAGCUUGGAUCCUUCGACCUGUGUGUUCCACUAUGCAUUUGAAUGUUUCGAGGGCAUGAAGGCGUAUAAGGAUAGCACCGGCGGCAUCCGUCUGUUCCGCCCCAAUAAGAACAUGGAACGUCUGAACAAGUCUUCCGCACGCAUUGCUCUGCCUACUGUGGACGGUGAUGCUUUCACUAAGAUUAUUUCAGAAUUUGUCAAGCUGGACAGUCGGUUUAUCCCGGAUGCUCGUGGCUACUCUUUGUACCUUCGUCCCACCAUGAUUGGCACCCAAAAGACUUUGGGCGUUGGCCCACCAGGAUCCGCCCUGUUGUAUGUCAUUGCCAGCCCUGUGGGCCCUUACUACCCAACUGGCUUCAAGGCUAUCUCCUUGGAGGCCACUGAUUACGCCGUCCGCGCCUGGCCCGGCGGUGUUGGCGACAAGAAGCUCGGAGCCAACUAUGCUCCUUGCAUUCUGCCCCAGCUUGAGGCUGCGUCCCGUGGCUUCCAGCAGAACCUGUGGCUCUUCGGCGAGGAGGAGUAUGUCACCGAAGUCGGCACAAUGAACCUCUUCAUUGCCCUGAAGAACAAGGAGACUGGACAGAAUGAGCUCAUCACUGCUCCUCUGGAUGGUACCAUCUUGGAGGGUGUCACCCGUGAUUCCGUGCUAACUCUUGCCCGUGAGAGACUCGCUCCCAAGGGCUGGAACAUCUUGGAGCGCAAGAUCCGCAUGUCCGAGGUUGCAGAGGCCGCCGAGGAGGGCCGCAUGAUUGAAGUUUUCGGUGCUGGCACUGCUGCUAUCGUCAGCCCUGUCCGUAACAUCAGCUACAGAGGCAAGAUGGUCGACUGCGGCCUGAAGAAGGACGAGGAGGCUGGUGAAGUUGCUCUCCAGAUGAAGAACUGGAUCGAGGGUAUCCAAUACGGUGACGAGCAGAACCCUUGGAGUGUGGUUAUCUAA